UAUAAUUGUCGUUACAACAACAGUUUGCUUAAUCAAAAUAAUAAAUAUUCUUUUCUAUGCUUUCGCAUUUUUGGAAGCUAUUACAUUUUUUCAUCUGGCUAUGACAUGGCCCAGGCUUAUGAAACAUUGGAUAAGAGUGGAUGAAAAAAUGAAAACUUAUGACUAUCCAAAAAAGUUAGAUUUAAAACUGAAACUUACUAUGAUAAUUUUAUUAUUAAUCGCUUCUGUUGAAUACAGUCUGGCAUUAAUUCAUAAUGCUAUUGAUUACAAUGGAAUAACCAUAACUUUUCAAAAUUGGGAGUUUUUCAUAAAAAAACAGUUUCCACUAGUUUUCAGUGUAACUAACUACAGUUUGUGGAAAUCAAUUAUUUUACUGAUUGUUAGCACUACAGCUACGUUUUUAUGGAGUUACGCUGACCUUUUUGUGAUGUUGUGCAGUUUUGUUUUAGCAGCCAGGUUCAAGCAGAUAACAGAAAGAUUAGAUAAGAUUGAUUUUCAGGUGAAAAACGAAUUGUUUUGGAGAAGUAUUCGAGAAGACUACGUCAGAUUAGCUCAAUUAUGUAGACAUUUAGAUGAUACUAUUUCUAACGUUCUUCUACUUUCGUAUUCUAGUAAUCUUUCUUUCAUUAUUUAUCAAUUAUUCAACAGCAUAAAGAAAUUGCUUCCAUUAGAAAAAACCUACUUUUAUUUUUCAUUUAGUUUUCUUAUUGCUCGAACUAUUGCACUUUCUCUAUAUGGAGCUUCCAUAAACGAUGAAAGUAAGGAACCGAUUCGAAUUCUAAAUUCAGUCCCAUCUUCGGCUUAUAAUGGGGAAAUAAAGAGAUUUCUACUUCAUUUAAAAAUGGAUUCCGUUGCUUUAACAGGACAUAAACUUUUUAAACUAACAAGGGGGUUCAUUCUUAGUAUCGCUGCAACUAUAGUAACAUACGAAUUAGUUCUCAUCCAGUUCAAUCAAGCUACUUUAGAAGAAUAUCGAAAUAACGAAACGAAAGAUAUUUGUUACUCGUAAAAAUAAAUGUGUAUAGAGUA